AUGGAAUCAAAGGACAAACAAUGGUGGCUUUUAGCAGGUUAUGUCUUCCUGAUACUAAUUCUCAGCAGCGUGGUUCUUGGAAAGAGUACUAAGGAGAAGAGUCACUCUCUGUCACUGGCGACAAUGGUGCCUCUUCUUAAACUGGAAAAUAAACUGAUUAAUAACCUGGAUAACUACACCAAGGACCUAGAAGAGAAGCUGCAGAUCAUUCGCAGUCAAAUCAAAGUGAUGCGCUCUGAAAACAAGAAAGGAAGACAGGAUCCUAUAUCCUAUCUAUCCAAUCCUUUGAAUAGCUUUUCACUCAUACGAAGACUGAAUCAGGAUUGGAUAAAAUGGCGAAAAUACAUGGAACAACCGGCGGGCUUCUCACAAUUGAUAAACUUCGACAGCUGGCGGGAUGAACUACCCACUCAAACUGAUCUAUGGGAGGCGUGUACCGGAGUAAUCCGCAUCCAAAGCACCUACAAUCUUGAUAUCGCAGCUUUUGUCAAGGGGAAAAUCAAUGGAAAGCAGUAUAAUUCUAGUAUGAGUUGUGCAGAUAUUUUAGCAGUGGGCAAACAUCUUGUAAAGGAAAAAAAAACAAAGGAAGCUAUUCAAUGGCUGCAAGAGGUUCCUCAUCGUCUUCAAAAAGAUGUCUUGGUUAUACCAAAGCAUCUGGCUAUUGAAAAAGAAGAGGUUCUAAAGUUACUUGUCGAGACCCACUUGAAAGAAAAAUGUUAUACAGAAACCUUGGAUUUACUAGAUGAUUCCUUGGAACUCAAACCCCAGGAUGCUGCUUUUAUGCGACUUAGGAAGCAAGCAACAGCCCUCAAAACAAACCAAGCAAACCAUACACUUGAAGAAAAUAAGCAAAAGAAAGUUCCAAUAGUAGAUAACUAUACGUUAAGUUGCAGGGGAAAGAUUAACAAACCCAAUAGAUUAAAAUGCUUCUACAACUUCACCACCACUCCCUUUCUUCGCUUGGCACCAUUGAAAAUGGAAGAGAUUGGCCUAAAUCCCUAUGUACUGCUCUACCACGAAGUGCUCUCUGCACGGGAAAUAUCCAUGUUGAUUAGCAAGGCCACUAAAAAUAUGAAAAUAGCUAGAAUCCAUAACAGAAACCCUAAAAAUAAAAACAAGGGAAGGACUGCCAAAGCAUAUUGGUUUAUUAGAAAAAAUAAUGAGCUAACAAGGAGGAUUACUAGAAGGAUUCAAGAUAUGACAGGUUUUGAUUUAACCGAUUCAGAAGAAUUUCAGGUGAUAAACUACGGAAUAGGUGGCCACUAUCUUACCCACUCGGAUUACUUCAACUUUGCAUCCAGUAAUUACACAGAAAAAAUUAAUCGCCAGGGCAAAGUUUUGGGAGAUCGUAUUGCCACAGUGCUUUUUUAUCUGACUGACGUGGAACAGGGAGGAGCCACUGCCUUUCCAACCGUGGGUUAUUCCGUGUAUCCCCGGGCUGGAACUGCCAUCUUCUGGCAUAACUUGGAUACGAAUGGGAAUGGAGACAUCCUCACCAGACAUGCCGCCUGUCCCGUGAUUGUGGGCUCCAAAUGGGUGAUGACCGAGUGGAUACGCGAACGACGGCAGAUCUUUAUCAGACCCUGCCUGCCGCCAGCCCCCACGGAUAGAAACUCCUCCAAAUCAUAG